CACAAAUGCGAAGAAUGUGGCAAGGCAUUUCCCAACAAACAUGCAUUGAAAAUGCAUCUGCGGACGCACAGUGACGAGAGACCGUAUAAAUGCGAAAUAUGCGGUGAUUCCUUUAAAAGGGCGUACGAUAUCACCAUGCACAUGCGCAGCGCGCAUAGCGAAGAAAAGCCUUUCGAAUGUCCCAUCUGCCAUCGAAAAUUCAAGGACUCUUCGAAUUUUAGCAAGCACAAGCGGACCCACGAGAAGCGGAAGCGCUGGGUAUGCCGGACCUGUGAUAAACCCUUU